AACUAAACAACACUAGCAAUUGACACGAAUCUAUCACUUCUUGUAUUUGGCAUGCGAGCUGGGAGUCUUGAAUGAAUACAUCAUCCACGGAAGAAAAAUCUUUGCACAGAUUGUCAACCGAAACGAGAGCCAAGCUACGCUCCACCCAGAUUCUGACUUCUCUGCCCCAGAUAGUCUCGGAACUGCUACAGAACUCUCUGGACGCGGGAGCUCGCCAUGUUGAGAUUGGUGUAGACUGCCAGGAAUGGAACUGUUGGGUCAAAGAUGACGGCGCUGGAAUCAGCAAGGACGACCUUACAAUGCUUGGGGCAGGUUCGGAGGGGCGAUAUGGUACAUCCAAGGCAUAU